AUGGCCCAACCAAGGCCAAAUCCCAAAGCAUUAGGCAAGCCAAAAGGAUCUCUCAAUGCUCCUAUUGCAGCUUUUACAAUGGCUGUCCUCCUUUGUUCAUACUGCAUUAGCUCUAUCCGCACUGCGCGGCGAGACGCCCAGACCCAAGCUCCGGGGCCCGGUUCUUAUCAGCGAGCUACGCCAUUUGAUAGAAAAGACGAGUCCUGGGUUCAACAAGCACUUGAUGAAAGUCGAGCGCAGAAUAGUGGCAAGGGACGGCCUUGA